GCUGUGCGCUGCGCGGGGGCUCCGCACGCGGCCGCCACACAAAGGCAGCAGCUCCGCUCCGCUCCGCGCCGCAUCCCGCACCCCGCUCCGCACCCCGCUUCCCACCGCAGGCAGGAUGCGUGUCUGGGGCCUUCUCCUCCUCCUGGCGCUGAUCCUGCUGGCUGCCACUGCUGAGGCUGGCAAGAACAAGAAAGAGAAGGUAAAGAAGGACAUCUCCGAGUGCGAGGACUGGCGCUGGGGCCCCUGUGUCCCCAACAGCAAGGACUGUGGCCUGGGCUACCGCGAGGGAACGUGCAAAGAUGAGAGCAAGAAGCUCAAGUGCAAGAUCCCCUGCAACUGGAAGAAGAAGUUUGGAGCUGACUGCAAGUACAAAUUUGAGAGCUGGGGUGGGUGUAGCUCUCAGACAGGUGUGAAGACUCGCUCUGGCAUCCUGAAGAAAGCCCUGUACAAUGCCCAGUGCGAGGAGAUUGUCUAUGUGACCAAGCCCUGCUCUUCCAAGAUCAAAUCAAAGGCCAAAGCAAAGAAGGGCAAGGGGAAGGACUAGAGUGAGAAGCCAGUAUCCUCAACGGCCCUUUGACGUGGUGCCUACAGGGCUGGAUGCCCAGCUGCAGCCAGCCACGCUCCAGUCUUCCUCCUCCUCUCCUUCCUCCUUUCUGUGACCUCAUCUUUCACUGAGAUGCCUUUGUUUUAAUCGCUAGUGUUGUAGAGAGCAAACCCACCUGCCCCACAGGAGGGGCUGUCCCUCUCCCUGCUGCGCCACCACCGCUGCUGGCGUGUCCUGCUUGUCUCCUCUCAGCAGGUGUGGAGGUUCUUUGGGAUGUGCCUGCAGAGCUGGAAUGGGAGCACACAUUUUUUCCACCCUCUGGCACAAACGAGAUGCCUUUAGCAUAUCCUGGGGUGAGGCCAGGAGCCCUCUUGCUCCUGUGCCAGGUACCAAUACCAGGAGGAAGGGCUGGGUGUUGAAUGCCCAAGUGACCCCAUCACUCAUGCCCCUUACUCCCAUGAAGACUGCUCUCAGCUGGGGGGGCUUUAUCCAGCAUCCCCUGGGCCAGAGAAAACAAAGCCAUUGUCCCUAAGAACCACCGCAUCCCCUCUCUUCCAUCACUUCCAACCCUCUGUGUCCAUGCCAGGGCUGCAGCCCUUCUGCCCUUGGCACACCAACACUGGUGCUGGGUGGGAGCUCUCACUUCUUUUGGAAAAUGGGGUUUGUUUUCUUUUCCAAUAAAAAUCUUUUAAUAAAAGU